UCUGGGAUUGUCUCGACCAUAGGAAUGCGUCUCUGAGCUGGGAUUUCGUUUUCGAGCAGUCUUUGCGAGUCAGAGGAGGAAAGGGCGAAUUUGGUCUUGAGUUUUUUUCGAUCCAUUGCAAUAGUCAGAGACCAAGGUUAAGGGUAUAGCUUGUCUCCAAGACAUGAGUAUUCCUAUGGGUCCUCCGAGGUUCUCUUCGUCAAUGGAGUUGGAACGGGCCCUUGCCAUGGACACGCUUUCAGAUGAUGAUUUUGUCUGUGAAUGGGGUUCGAUUUCACAGGCAGACAAGGCCAAGGCAGCUGCAAAAGCACGAUUUUGUGACAUCUUUGAUCCAAAUUACGAGCCGUGGGAAGAAGUGCAUGAUGCUUUGGACCUUUCAGAUUCAGAGAGUGCGGAGGGCAAUAAUUCGGUUCAGGGGGUUUCUUCUUGGAGUGAUACUAAUUAUCAUCGGUUUCAGGUUGGGGAAUCCUCGCUGUCUAGUACUAAAAUGGAGGUAUGCGAGGCUAUGGCGGCAGAUACUUUGAAAGCUGGGUCUACGGGACAGUGUGAGGUAGCUCCUCCUAGUUGUGUUGUUUCUGGAGGUUUUGAAUAUGUUGUUGAGUCUGAGAAGUUUGAUGAUGUUGGAAAGGGGGCGUUGGAUCAUUCUGUUAGGGUGAAGUGGCCUCGUCCUUCAAAAUAUCAACGCAAGAAGAAGGUCAUCAUGGGUCGAGAUUUUCUCCUUGUUAGUCGCAACUGUCUUUGGGAGUCAGAUACGGGUAGAAAGUUUCAAUUCUUUCAUAUGGCGAGUCUUUCGGCUGUUGUAGUUAAAGUAAAGGAGGACUCUUCUGUUGUUAAGGACGUUGAGGUUCCGUUGGUUAGUGUGUCUGACCCCAUUAGUCCUCCCCUAAUGGAAGAUGAUCCCCUUCCUCUGUCCAGUUGUGUGUCUGACCCCACUAGUCCUCCCCAAAUGGAAGAUGAUUCACUUUCCAUGUCCAGUAGAGUGUCUUGUUCUCCAAUGCCUGAACCUUAUCAAUUUAGUAUUCAGGAUUCCGUGUUUGAUCGUGUUGGGGAUUCUCUCCAUGACACUGCUAGCGGGCCUCAAAAUUUGAAUUCUGAGAGAAUUAUGGCUUUAUGGCGAUACCAACUAGACGUCUGUGGCCCUACAUCGGGUAAGCAUCCUGGCAAUUGGAAAAGGAAGAAGAUGGACAUUGUUAAAGUUGAUGGACGUAGUAGCAGGGUUGUGCAAAACCCCACUCAAAGGAAGCUUAAACGGGAAAGGGUUAUUGAAGACUGCUGUGGAGACUCUCACAUUUACCGUAUACCUCAACGACGUGCUUUACAUUGAUUUAUACGCGUCUUGUUCCCUGUCUGUUUUGCUAGUAUCUUUAGUUGUGUAAUCGAUGCUGAGGGAUUGCUUGGGGUUGAGAUUUAUGGGGUGUUUGGUUAGCCUUAUUUGUUUGUUAUGUUGGGUCUUCGUUUUUACUUGCCGGGUUGUGGUGUGCUUUGUUGUGUGGGGUUGUAUGUAUGAACUUGGAUGCAUGGUCA